AUGUUCUACUCAGAGACACUCCUCUCAAAGACCGGGCCGCUGGCUCGCGUCUGGCUCGCUGCCAACCUCGAGCGCAAGCUGUCAAAGAGUAACAUCCUGCAAUCAAGCAUCGAGGACAGUGUUGGCGCAAUCGUUGAUCAGGCCCAGGCGCCAAUGGCCCUGCGGUUGAGCGGACAGCUGCUGCUGGGUGUUGUCCGCAUUUACAGCAGAAAAGCACGCUACUUACUCGAUGAUUGCAACGAAGCUUUGAUGAAAAUCAAGAUGGCAUUCCGCCCAGGCGCCGUGGACCUGCCCACCACCGCAUCGCAUGCUGUGGACCCAGCUACUCUGGUUAUGCCCGAUAUCCUAACAGAGCUUGAUUUGCUCCAGCCACUGCCGGAUCCGGCUUUGCUUCUGGCAGGCCUUCCAGAAAUUUCUCCAAGCCGACGCGAUCCCACUCUUCUGGACUUUGACACUAGCCAGCUUAUCUCCGGCAGUAUCGAAGAGCCUCGCGCCGCACCGGAAGACCUUCCACAGUGGUUCGAUGAAGACCUGCCAUUGGAUAUUGAAGAGGAGAUAAGCAUAGAAGUCGGGCGAAGAGAAGCCCCUGCAAGGACGUUGGAGGAAGAGUAUGGCAUAAGUCCAAAGCCACCUGGCGCUGAUGAACUCAUGCUUGGCAUUGAAGAAGAACCUGAAAUCUCUGCCCUUCCAGAGGACACCCUUAUGGGCGGCAUCGAGGAGUUGGGCGCAAGACUGGAAGAGGAGGAAGCGCCGGUCAUGGCUGUGCCAGCGGAGCGCCGGGAGCGGGAGACAAUUUCCCCGCUAUCCACGAUUAGGUCAAGUGUGGAGCGCGAUCUGGAGGCGACCUACCUGGAGCAAAUCGCUGUUGCUGAGGCCGAGGAGGAGGCCGUUCGCCAAGCACAACGGGCUAAGCGACGCAGAGUCCUUCCAGCUGAUGCCGAUACCGAGAUUCACCAUAGCCAAAUUAGAGAUCAGCAGACCAACCGGGACCGCAUCCUCAAGCCGGCAUCGUUCCUCCCAAGAGACCCGAUGCUCUUGGCACUUAUGAACAUGCAAAGGACCGGAGGCUUCGUCUCAAGCAUUCUCGGUGAUGGCCGUAGUCAAGGUUGGGCUCCAGAGUUGCGCGGCAUCCUCUCGCUCGAGGUUGUGCGGCGGUCAGGCGAUCUCAAGCGCAAGCGCGACGAGGGACUUCCGGAGAUUGAGGCAGUAGAAGAAGAAGCACGCAUAAGCCCCGAGCGCGUCCCGCAACUGGAGGUUGAACCGGAAGAGGUUGAGCUGGGCCCUGCACCAAUUGAAGAGCUUGGUUUCCCCCCUCCACCAGAGGAAGAAGAGCUCGAAGCGCGUGCUGUGAGCGAAGAAGCUGCCCUCUCACCGCCACCGUACAUCGAAGAAUACGAGGCACCUGAGGCGGCAGGUCCAGUCGCGGUGGCCACGAGACAUGCUGUACACAUGCUGCGAGGGAAAUUUGGACCUGAACCUGCAGAAAGUCCUGAAGAACGGGAGCGCCAGAGUAUUCUCUUCCAGGAGUUGCUCCCCGAAGCUACUACCACCCGAGCGGAUGCGACCAAGAUGUUCUUCGAAAUCCUGGUCCUGUCUACCAAGGACGCAGUCACGCUAGAGCAGCCCGCUGAUAUCCUUGGGGGUCCGCUACGCAUCAAGGCUAAGAGGGGUCUGUGGGGCGAUUGGGCAGAGGCGUCAGCCGGUGGUGAGAUUGCUUCGCAAACCCAGCCGACCGGGAGUCCUGUGGCCGUGGCAUAA